AUGUGGUUUACCCCGCGAUUAAUUGGUUUUAAUCUUGUUUUAUUGUCAAUUAGUCUCUUGAUUCUACCAACAACGUCUUCUGAUCUCUUUGAAGUUGAAGGAAGAUUUGCUUUAAAUAAUGUUUUAAAAGACAUAUCACAACUUGAACCAACAACCAAAGUUGUAUUAGAUGGAGGAAAAUAUUCGACUUUUAUUCGCAAAGACGGAAAGUUUGUAAUAGAUAAUGUCCCACCGGGAUCAUAUCUUUUUGAAGUAUUGUCAAGAAAGUACAUAUAUCCUAGGUUGAAAAUUGUCGUUGAAUCGGAUGGUGAAGUUCUACCUUCUGUAACAAUCAUAGGCAGUGAAUGGGACAACAAAGGACCUUCGCUACCAUAUCCAUUAGAACUAUAUGCAAGAGCUCCGGCUGAUUAUUUCAUACCCCGAGAAGGAUUUAGCAUCACCAGUUUGCUUUUUAAUCCGUAUAUCAUUUUUAUGGGCUUCAGUGUAAUAUUAUUAUUGGUUAUGCCGAAGAUGAUGGCGAAUUUAGAUCAAACAGCACUUCAGGAACUUCAACAAAAUCAAGCACAGAAUCCUUUUGACUUCGAUUUAUCUUCCUCGCUAGCGAAAUACUUAUCAGGUGGAAACGAAGCUGACAAAAGUUCUAAUAAUAAAAGAAAUUGA